AUGCCGAUCCGUCCCCCUGGCAACCCUCACCCGGUCAGCGAGCCGACCCUUCGCUCGGUCUUCUGGGACCUAAACCAUCUGGCCAUGGGCCACUGGGGUACCGGGUAUGAAUACCUCCACACCUUUGACCAUGCAUUCCAGACCUGGUGUCGGCAGGCCGGCAUCGACCCCGAUACUCCGUUCCGCGCCAACGGCAGGAUCUUGCCCAUCGUUCCGCUGGGUACGGAGGACCUGCGCGAAGAAGCGCGCAAGGAAAGCUAUGUCACCGUGGGUGGCGUGAAGACUUUCCGCACCGAGGUCAGAGCAGCAGAGGUUCAUGGACGCUCGAAGGCCAAGGCCGACACACAUUCAAUCCAUGAGCUCAUGGUCAUUUACACAGACCCAUCGGAUAUUCCACCUACGCCCAAGUCGCCUGCUUACAAGCCUUCGCUUGAUAGCGACAGCCUCGGCCUCGCCACCAUCAAAGAAUCCUUCGCAGUUUGA